CUUGUUAUACUAGAACAGUUUUUCCUGUUGGCGUCACUGAAGAGCCUGAAAGGCUCGCGUUUAACGCAGCUUGUAACGUUGUUGCGAUCAAGGAAGAGACAUGGAUUCCAAUAACUUAGCUGAUCAUCUGAUCUGGUCAAAGAAGAACUCGACCAAAAAUGGUUGGCGUUGGUUUUUGGCGGGAACGCUCCUUAACCUUACUGUAACGUCACUGAUUGGUGGGUCGAUGCUGUUCUAUGUUCACGAAGAACUGCAGAUUGUUAAGGACCAGUUACUUUCACAUGAAGACCGAUUGUUUAUCUUUGAAAAUCACGUCAUCACAAACGACGCCACUCAGCAACAAGGUACUCCUACUCCCGAAGUGAAUGGUCAGACUUCUAAGAAAGCCCAACUGCGAAUACGGAGAGAUCAUGAACCACAGAUGUCAACUGAGCACCAUGCUGAGGGGAAUAUGACGUUUCAAACGGGAUCUCGUACUUUCCAAACUGACCCAGUUGAUGGAUUUCACUCACUAGUUAUAACUUGUCGAGACGGAAACGAUGGAAAGCCAGGCAAAGACGGACGUGACGGGAAGAACGGAGAAGUUGGGCGGGACGGAAGAGACUGCCACCCGGGACAACCCACUAGUCCAUUACAACCUAUUGGACCGGGACAACCCGGUGAGCCAGGACCUACCGGUGAGACGGGACUUCCUGGUGGGCGUGGACCACCCGGUAAGCAAGGACCAAGUGGUGGGCCAGGACCAACUGGUGACCCAGGACCAACUGGUCAGCCGGGACCUUCUGGUGAGACAGGACCAACUGGUGAGACAGGACCUUCUGGUCUGCCGGGACCUUCUGGUGAGACAGGACCAACUGGUGAGACAGGACCAAGUGGUGAGCGAGGACCAUCCGGUUUUGCAGGAAAAUCUGGUAUCAGAGGACCGCGUGGUGAGCCAGGAUCAACUGGUCAGCGAGGAUCAACUGGUCAGCGAGGAUCAACUGGUGAACGUGGUUGGCUAGGACCACGUGGUGCGCCUGGACCCGCUGGAGCCGCUGGACCACCCGGUAUUGCAGGAGAAUCUGGUAUCAUAGGACCACGUGGUGAGCCAGGUCCACAAGGAGAACAGGGGCGUAGUUCUUCAGGACCGACAUACAUUCGGUGGGGAAGAACCACUGGCCCAAACCAGGCAGGCACAGAGCUCGUGUAUCAAGGUUACGGUGCUGGAUCACAUUUUAGCCAUAGGGGAGGAACUUCGGAUCUCUCCUGUUUCCCAAAUGAUCCCGAUGUACCUGCUUCAUACAGAGAUGGAAUCCAAAGUCACUCACGCAUUUAUGGAAUGGAAUAUAAAAUCGAGACAGUUGACCCCUUUUCUCACGAGAAUUCUGCAGUUCUUCAAAAUCAUGACGUGCCGUGUGCAGUGUGUCGUCUCACCAGUCGAGGCACUCAGGUGUUAUUCCCAGCCAAGAAUGAAUGUCCUGACAACUGGACAAAAGAGUACACGGGUUACCUCAUGUCAGACCACCAUGUUUAUUCGAGAAAGCAAGCUGUAUGUGUGGAUGAGGCACCAGAAGUCAUCCCUGGCAGUUGGUCGAGUAGUAAUGGAGCACUCCUUUACUUGAUGGAAGCUGGAUGCGGGUCUCUCCAGUGCCCUCCUUAUGUUGAAGGUCGUGAAAUACAGUGCACGAUCUGUAGCAUUUAAAUUACGAUUCAGUGAAGGUUAAGCAUCAAUUGCACAAUAUUAUAAAAUAUCGCGAUUUAUGCACUCUCAGCCGGUCGCAAUAAAAGCCGACAACUAAUAACCCAUAAUGACAACAAUUUUAAAUAAAGGAAUUAAAGGGUAGCGACGCCUUCUUUAACGGCCGUUUAAAACCGGCAGGGUCGUUGCCGUGUGAUAAAGGCCCAGGCCGAAGGCCUUUAUUGCACGGCAAUGAUCCUGCAAGGUUUUAAACGGUCGUUUAAGCACGAGUCGCUACUCUUUUAUUCCCAUUCAUAAAUAAGAGAACUAA